AUGCAAACAUUUGUUUGUGGUGCACUUGCAUUCGAUCCCUCUCGUGGGUCAACUCGCUACAAAGUUGUACGGGUGGACUGGUCCCCAUACCGUGAUGUUCUUGUAGACAUAUACUAUUCGUUUGGGAGGAUUUGGGCUAGACGCGAACUAAAGGUGGACCAAUGCGUGCGCAAGGGUUUAUUGUUGAAUCCCGCGGUGUACUUCGAUGGGGAUUUAUUUCGAUUAUCCGAUACGUGGAACCUCAUACGGUUUGAUCUGAAGAGUGUGAGUAUUAGCGUGACCGGCCUUCCUUUGAGUUACAGAGAGUGUGAUGGCUUGAUGGGAUGCAUGGGGGUACAAAUGGACCGGUUUAUGUACGCGAAUGAAUCAUGCAAUGUGUUAUACUUAUGGUCGCUCGAGAAAAUUGUCAACAGUGAUGUAUGGAGUUGGGAUUUGAAGCACAAAAUUAAUAUUUAUGAUUUGACUAGUGGUAUUUUGCUUAACAAAGCGGUUGCCCCUGAUGGUUGUCAUUGGAUUGGGCCGGUUGCUUUUGAUCCACACUCAAAUGUGAUCUACAUGGGCAGCUCUCUUGUUAUCCUCAGAUGCAACCUGGACGAGGAUAAUAGAUUGGAGGAGGUGAGUAGAGUGGAUGGGAAUGUCAUGUUUCUUCCUGGAUGCCACUGUCGAGCUUUCCCUUACUUUCGAUGGCUUCUUCCAUUCACCGAUGCUGGAGAUGCUUGUGAUCGGAAUUUUUUGAAGUUUGUUUGA